AUGGAAACCGAAGAUAACCGCUCUACUACCGCGUCCACAAAGCCGAAAUCACGCAGCGGUAAGGCCAAGGUGUUUCAAUGCCAGGGAUAUGGGGAUUGUCGAAUGGUAUUCACCCGAAGCGAACAUCUCGCGCGCCACAUGAGAAAACAUACGGGAGAGAAACCUUUCAAAUGCAUUGUUUCCGGAUGUGAUCGUAUGUUCAGCCGCUUCGAUAACAUGAUGCAACACACGCAGACCCACAACAAAUCUCGCGCAAAAGAGGACAGCGCCUCGGAGCCGGGUAGCCAGAUGAAGGAAACCCGCCGCCUUUCGGUGCAAGAUCUAUGUAAUCCUAUCGAAUGUCUAGAAAAUCAAACCGCACAACCAAACUCUGAAGAAGAAGGCGUCAAUCUCACUAUCGAUGAGUUCGAGGCCAUUCAGGGUUUUGGACGUUUUCAUGCCGUUGCAUCCACCGUAGAUAACUAA